AUGUAUAAUAGCCAAAGUGCUUAUGAAUCGCUUGCUGAUGUCUGUGUUAAUUCGGCAAUGGCAAGCAUACGAAAUAUGACUGUGGAUCAGCUUAAUGACCUUCUUUACAAUGAAACACGUUUCGAUGCAUUGAUUGACAGUCUUCCUCAGAUUCGAUCACUUCCAACGGAACGAGAAGCAGGACUCGCACAGAAUAAAUCUCUAGCUGAAUGGAAUCUAGCACAGGAGCCGAAGCUGAACCAAUUACGAACACAGGUUAAAGCUCUCCACGAUCAAGCGGCUACACUGCGCUCGGAAGUUGAAUCCUUAAAAGCUAAAUUAGAUGAGGUUUCGUCUUCCAAAUCUCUUGAUACGACGAGCAACCUGUUGCAGGUCGCAGCCCAGGAAGCGGAUGAUGAGGCUGAAAGUACGACGAAGGCUUUUCUUGCGGGGACGAUUUCUGCUGAGCAAUUCCUGAAGGAUCUCCUUGAGAAAAAGACGCUAGCCCACUUGCGGAAAAUUAAGUCAGAUCGUCUCAUUACAAUUUUGAGAGAUCAGCAGUACGCUCAACCUGCUCCACCAGUUCCUCCUCGCACUGCACCUUAUCCAGAAAUUCCAAUGUUAGCUAGUUAUCGUCCGUUAUGUAGAAGUAUAUGCCGCCGGUUCGCUACUCUGCGAGAAAUGGCUGGACCACAAGAUCCUGCAAUGCUGUAUGAUAUGUUGAACGUUCGAAUACAAGGAUAUGAUUUUACUUAUCUGGAGAAGUUUCAAGCAUACGUUGAACAGGAUGCGCGAAGCGUUCCAAAUUUCAACGUGGUGACAGGUGUUAAUAGUUAUGCCGUAGCUGCUCAGACGCAGAAAGUGGUGGUGUAUAAAGCCAAUAGCACUAUUGUGGACAAUGAAUUGAAAUUAUCCCUUUACGAUCGAGUUGUUAGGUUAAGUAACGUACCGGCGCCACAACUUCAGCUUUUCAUCUCACUUAUUCAAACACAUUUACCAGUUGGAGUCACCGUCACCUUUAAGCAACACGAGAAAGCUGAUGAGGAUUAUCGAUACAUCCCUGACAUACUCUUGAAGCAAAAGCAAGAAGAACUCAAAGCUUCGUCGAUGAUCCGUAAUACAACAGAUGGCUUUGAAAUGCUCUUUUAUCCGCGGCUAAUUUUCUAUUUUGGUGAUAAUUCAGGGAUAUCGAAGCUGAUGAUAACCGGCACUUGCGAGAAAAUCAGUAAGGAAAGUAUGAAACUAGCUGAAACAAUGCCUGGAUUCCUCUAUUUUACUGCUGGAGUACAUCCACAUGAUGCAAAAGAUUUUGACAAUAAUACUCUUGAUAAUCUGAGAGCCUUGCAAGCGCAUGCACAGUGCGUUGCUGUGGGAGAAUGCGGGUUGGACUUUAACAGAAAUUUUUCUCCACAGGAUGUUCAAAAAGAAGUUUUUGCAAAACAGGUGAGAGUCGAGCUAGCUUUUGUUUUUAUUAGUAGAGGCUCAAUAAAAAUCUUUUUUGGGUGGAAUUGGCAUGUGAAUUACGAAAAGCGCUUAUUCAUCCAUGAACGCGAAGCGCACGAGGACAUGGUACGAAUUUUGGGCGAUGCUGGAGAAAGAUUGCCACCAGCUGUCAUUCAUUGCUUUACUGGGACUGAGGACGAGGCGAAGAAAUAUGUUGAUAUGGGUUUGUAUAUUGGGUUGACAGGCUUUCUGUGGAAAGACCGCCUGCCAAACGGUGUACAGACGGCUCUUCGCAAUGGUGCCAUUCCUCUUGAUCGGCUACUCAUAGAAACUGAUGCGCCAUUUAUGUAUCCAAAAAUCAACGAUAAAAAAUUACCUGCGGAUGUGAAAGAGGCGUUCACCGAACCAACGAAACAGCUGCACAAAUUUACCUCCUUCAAUCGAAACGAACCAUGCGCAUUAGCUGCCGUUUGUGAAAUGAUAGCUGCCUUCAUGGGGAGGGAUCCGCAAGAGGCAAGUUUUUGCCAAGGCUCGUCAUUAACUUACAUCUCUUUCAUAGACGAUCUACAAAUGAAUUUGCUGGUAGAACAAUCUUUAAACGGUGCUCGUCAGCGUAAUUUGCUUCGUUCUAUGUUGAACUCGAAGGUAUUCAAAUUCGGUGAAUUUGUGCUAAAGAGUGGAAUGAAGUCGCCAAUUUAUAUAGACUUACGAGAAUGUUUUGGAUAUGCUGACCUCAUGUUGGUGUCCCAACGUUCCAAGAAGCCGCUGCUAAUUAUUCGCAAGGAGGCGAAGACGCAUGGAACUAAAAAGUUGAUCGAAGGCCUUUACCAGAAAGGUGAUCGAGUGGUUAUCAUCGAGGAUGUAGUGACAACAGGGGGAAGUGUUGAAGAUGUGGUAAGAACCUUGCGUGCAGAUGGCCUUAUAGUGGAGGAUGUGUUCUGCCUCCUUGACAGGGAACAGGGUGGUGCCGAAAAGCUUCUGGAGGGCGGCAUAACUCUUCGCAGCCUUUUCAAUAUGGAAACGAUUCUCUGCUUUUUGCUUUCCGUAGAUGCCAUCGAUAAAGAGACAUCACUGGAGAUCAUUAAGGCGCUGAACCUCCCUUACAAGGAAGUGAAACAUCUGGAAAUUUCCCCACAAAUGGAAAACCUAGCUUCUUUCCCCUUGUUCAAUUUGGUUAUACUGGAUCCUACGUAUCGCUUGAGUGGUAUACUGCUCAUUGCUCAGCUAAGCACGAAGGGUUCGCUCACGGCUCUCCCUGGGUAUACAGAAGCGGCUGCGGAGAUGGGUGGAGCCAAUCGAGAUGUCGUCUGUGGAUUCAUUUGUCAGGCACGAGUAUCGCCUCAUCCGGAUAUGCUUCACUGGACUCCAGGAGUGAAUCUGGACUCGACUUCUGACAACAAGGGACAGCAAUGGAGAGGAGUUGAUGAGGCUGUUGUGCGUCAACAAAAUGAUAUCGUAAUAGUUGGACGUGGAGUGACAUCGAGUGCCAAUCCCAUUCAAGAGUUGACCCGAUAUCGGGAACAGGCAUGGGCUGCAUUAGUACUGAAGAGUUGA